UGGAAAGCCCCUGACAACUAGGGAGGGCUCUAUCAGGAAAAUUGCUACUAGCUUUGUCAUUUUAAAUGGGGGAUGUCAACAUUUUAUCCGCCUCGCUGCUUCCGCGGAAGUAAAAUUCCGUAAGGGUGUUUCAGACGUGAUUUUUUUUUUUUUUUUUUUUUAGCUUACCGACUGCUAGAUGCUCCCCUGCGAGUGCUAGCUUGUGUUAGCAGGCUAGCUCUUUGUGUGGCUAGCUGCUAGCUGAGGGAUGUUUUGUUGUUGUUGAACAGAGCUGCCCUCCCGUCGUCUGGGAGAGGAGAUUCAUCAGCUGUGUAUGGAAAAAACGCCUCCUCGACGCCCUCUCAUCCACUGACGUUAUCUACGAAAGUGGCCCGUGAAAUCCGCUGUUCCUAAAGCGACACCGAAAGAGCGAGAGGGAAGAGUUUGACCGUAGUGGAAGGAGAUGGGAAACUGUCUGAAAUCUCCGACCUCGGAUGAUAUUUCCUUGCUACAUGAAUCUCAAUCGGACAGGGCCAGCUACGGAGACGGUGCUGACCCCGACCAGGAGCCACCGCCCCCCUAUCAGGAGCAGAUCCAUGUGCCUGUCUACCACCCAACACCAAGUCAAGCCCGACUGGCCACUCAGCUAACAGAGGAGGAGCAGGUUCGCAUCGCCCAGCGCAUCGGGCUCAUUCAGCACCUCCCAAAGGGCGUGUAUGACCUGGGGCGGGAUGGUUCUGAGAAGAAGAUCAGAGAGUGCGUCAUCUGUAUGAUGGACUUUGUGUACGGAGACCCCAUCCGGUUCCUGCCCUGCAUGCAUACCUAUCACAUGGACUGUAUAGAUGACUGGCUGAUGAGAUCCUUCACCUGCCCCUCCUGCAUGGAGCCUGUGGACGCUGCGCUGCUUUCCUCCUACGAGACCAACUGACACACACAUACACACACACACACAUGCCCACUGACACCUGUGGACCAGACUGGGCGCACACACAUACAGUAUGCACACCGUAUCCUGGAUUAGUAAGGUGGUGAUAUCAAAACAGUGAUUAUGUAAAAGAUUUAUGGUGAUCUCUCAUGUUUGCUUGUGUGUGCGUGCGUGCAAGUGUUUGUGUGGAUGUGUGUGUUUGUGCACAUGCACAAGUUCCUCAGUUGGCCUGCUGGACAGGAUUGCAUCGGGGAAAGGAUUGGAGGAAUGAACAGUGUUGGUGUUAAGGACGAGCCAGAAGGAGUUGGAUCAAGGAAAAGAGUGAAAAUACAGGAGCUGACAAUAGGGGAGUGGGAUAAUACAAGUGUAAAGGGAAGUCGAGGGGAAUGGAUGGCGGUUAACUGGUAUGAUUAAGAAACUUUUCCAAGAUCCACUUUUAUAAACGUGAAUACACAUUCAAGUGUACCCAGUCACACUUCCUUUAUUACUCCCUGUUAUUUAAAUGAACUGUGACAGGAUGCAGGAGGAAGGACAUCAGACUGCCAUCUUCAGGAUGCAGAUUGCUGACGCCUGAUUAGCGUUAUGUCAAACUACGAGACAAAGAAAAGAAAAGGAAACGCCCUUCAGUGGAUCUGCCAGGUGCCCGUUGCAGAGUCACUUACCACAGGCCUCCACUUGUCUGUCUGUACAAAUCUCUCAUGAGAAAAAUAAGAUUGGGGGUUGGUGGGUUCAUCGAUUGUCCUGGGGCUUUGUGAAAUCUGUUCUGUGUUUGUCAGUCAGCAAAAGGGCUCAGUUGAACCAGUGUUUACUAACAACAUAGGCAUGGCAAAGGAAAAUACAGUAUGUGCUUUAGUCACUAAUGUGAUGGAUAGCUGGUAGACUGUUGCCUUCAAGCUUUUGACUUCUCAUGACUUUCUCAGUGUCAGAUGAUUGGCCAAAGCACAAGUAGAGCAGUUAACAAACUAUUAAUACAAAUCAGAGGUAUUUGCACUUCUUAAUCAGACAAGAGUUGACCAUAUGCAUUCAGUAAUUAUAUCAAAGUGAAGUAUGUGAUUUGUUUUACUUACAUUUUCAUUAUGAUUUCAGUCAUUUGUAAUGAAAGCCACUGUCUCUGUGAAUCCGAAGCUGGUGCAUAAUUUAUUACUGGUGAUAAAGAGUUAAUUCUAAGGUUGGUGCCCCGUUACUGUCCAUAUCAUGUCAUUUUGAGGACAAGGACAAAAUUAAAAACACAAUACACAAGGUUGGACUCAUUUAAUGUGUUAGUAUAUUCAGUCUGUUUCUUGAAAAACCAGUUCAUAAAACCAGACUUGAAGCGAACAUUCACGGGGAAACAGUUCAAAGUGCUACCAGGACAGUGAUCAUUCAGAGGGAAUGUGGUCAUGGGUUGUGUGUGAUCAAGCGUGACCGAGGACAUUUAUUUACCUGAAGUGGUCAAACUCAGCAGCUAUACAAUGAACUGACCAUGAGUUUGUUGUUGUAUAACUGAUAACUGACAUUUUUUCUUUACAUUUCUAUUGUCUUCAUAAACUUUGCACCAAGUUAAGACCUGGAGCUAAAUGAUCUGCUCAACACAAUGUAAAAUAUCUGUCGCCAGAGUCACCCAGUUGAUGAAAGCACAAAGAAAUACAAAUUUUAUUUUUCUUCUCCCUGCUGACUUUGGCAUGCAGGUGAUUCGGUGAGACUUUUAAUUAUGCAGGUAAUCAUUAGAAUACCCCCUGCUUAGCAGGCAUGAUACAGAUCCAACGGUUUGAAAACAUGCCUUUUAGUGAUGUGUGCAAGUGUGUGUGUGUGUGUGUGUUUGUACAAGGCAUUAUGGCCUUUGUGUAAGGUGGCCGUGAGCUGCUUAGUUUUUGCACAGUACUUUAAUCUACUAAACUCUUUAUGUUGUACAUUGUCCUCCAUCAGUGAAAGGUGGAGCCUCAUGGCCUUAGGUUACGUCUGAGUAUCAGCUGCUAAAAUGUGGAGCAGAGUCCAGUUCACUUCAAGAAAAAGAAAACGGGAGGUGGGGCUGGGGUUGAUAUACAGAUACUUUAGACUCCAAAUGCUGCUGCUGAGCUGGCAGUCAUUGUACAUGUUAUGUCGUGAAAAAUAUGAAAGGCGUGUCAAUUAUCCUCCCACAUUGUCACAAAACUAAUAUCUUGUCAGUGUAUGGUGUUGUUUGUGUUGGGUUCCGGUCACGUCACCUGGCUCUCUUCCUGAGGGUUCCCAUUGGGUUGCAGAGCUGGUUUCAGCUGCUUUCAUCUGCAUUCUGCAAGUCCUGCGGUACAGUGGAUGACAUUUUUGGAUACAAAUGCCUUUCUCCAGAGAAGGCAAGGUUUUGAUCUAAGUCUGGACCUAAUCAAGGCUUGGUGGGACUGGCAAUGCAUGAUGGGAUUGUGAGGAUAAACAAAGUUAAACCCUGUCAUUGUGUAUGAGUGUUUGUAUCUGCCAUAGUUCCUCAAAAAAAUAAUCAAAGAAUCGGUUUCACAAAAAAUAGAAUAUACAUACAUAUCCUGAUCACAGUGAAGACUAGCUCUCUCCCAAAGCUACAUGUAUAUUUAUCAGUGGGACACUUUGUGGAGCUACGUCACUGACACAACAUGGGUGGCUAACUUAUGAGAUGUUAGAGCCAGAUACAGAUUUCCUGUAAUGUGCUAAUAGUUCUCAGAGAAAAUGGGCUCACAUCCCCGGAAAAUGACGCAUUGUAGGUCAGCAGUUUGUGAACACUGAAACAGCUGCACAAACGCUUAAUCAUGGGCCAGAUAGAGCUUUGGCUAUGACUUCGAACCUCGGGAGAGACUUAUUUAUUUAAAAAUAUCCAGACUCACAGGAAUGGCAAGAGAGUGCUCUUACGGGGGGAAUUUUCUUUUUGCUUUAAGCACAGGAUUGAAAAGCAAGGUUUGCUCAUAUGUGAAUGGGGUAUGUGUGUUGUAUGUUUGUGUAAGGAUGCGUUUGUAAGCAUAAAUAUGCAUAUGCUAUGUACUACAGGCAAAUAAUAAAUAGACAUUGCAACAGAA